AGGGGCCUAAACUCAAGUUCAACGCCACACAACACACACUUUCAAUAGCUUGAAGUGUGAAGUGAUGCCGUACGUUACACAGACAGGUCCCUUCCGUUGCCGGAAAUAGCGGACUCCAUGGCAGGAGCCGCCUCUUGUUCGCUCUUCCUCUCUGCAUCCCAUGAUGAUAAGCACCACUACAUAUGCGGAACAACUUGGAAAUCCCGGAAUACGACCCAAGAGCAAAACACAAUAUAUAGGAUCGCCAUAAACAAUAACCACAAACAAAAUGGCCAACAAGUCGACCACCUCUACCGAGACCGCCGUCCCGGCAACCCCCGCAACAUCCGCCCAACCCCUCUCCAACCUCCCACAGCUCACCCGCAUCGUGACGGGCCACAACUCCGAGGGCAAAGCCAUCGUCCACACCCACGGCCCCUUCACCUGGGCUCCGUACGACGACAAUAACCUGGCUUUCUCAGUGCCCUUCACAACCUCGACAUUCCCGCCGGACCUGAACGACGACGCCGACAUCGCCGAGCACGAACAGCUCAUGACGUCGGGCAAAUUAGGCCUUGUCAACCCGCGCGGCACGGUCCUGCGAUGCGUGGACUUCGCGCCCGGAUACUCGUGCGCCAUGCACCGCACGCAGAGUCUGGACUACGGGAUCGUCCUCGAGGGCGACAUCGACAUGGUGCUGGACAGCGGGGAGCGGCACUCGCUGAAGAGGGGGGACGUGGCGGUGCAGCGGGCGACGCAGCACCAGUGGGUGAACAGGAGCCAGACGAACUGGGCCAGGAUGAUCUUUGUGCUACAGGACUGUCGGCCGCUUGUGGUGGCGGGGAAGGAGAUGGGGGAGGACUUGGGUGAGACGGGUGGCUUGCCGCCGAGUGGGAAUUGAACCAAUUGUUAAGGUAAAUGGAGCACG